UUAUUGUAACGGAAUUGCUGAUAGUAUAUGAUACCAUUCUGUCGUAUUUAUUAAAAUGCGUAUGAAAACAACCGGACCUAAUUUCAAGAUGUCUGCGCCCAUGGUUUGACUUGGCAGGUGCCCGUGUCACGGACAUAGAUAAGAUAACUGAAACGAUAUGCCGCGAAGAUUGGAAGCGAGAGGAUCAUCAGGAGGUUCAAAGCUGCUCGUAUAUUUACAAUGUUACUUUGUCACAAUUGCAACUAUACUUGGGACAGGAAUUUUAGGUUUACCUGUUACCCUGACACAAGCAGGGAUGUACCCCUUCCUCGUCUCCUUCAUCACCAGCACGCUCAUGCAGGUGCUCCUCAUAUUUUACUUCACUGAUCUCCUGCAGCGAGCGAUUGCCCUUCAGCGCAACCCAAACCAGGAUGAGCUUGUUCCCCUGCAGGACAUGGAGGAUGACAGUGAUGACGAGAUCUUCAGUAAACACGGUACAGAAGGGUCUGGAGGAAGACUCACGCAAGGUUCAGCACUUGCUGGAGAAUCAGGGGGAGACAACUCAAUCUGCCCACCCAAUCUUCACCUCCUGGGAGAGCUGUUCCUGUGUUGUGGUGUGAGACAGGCGUUUGACAUCAUGGUUAUUCUCCAGUUCAUUGCACUACUGAUCUGCUACUCCCUCGCUGGGAGUGAAGCAUUUGCCCAGCUGGUGGGAAUCAGCCAUGUGUACGUCAUCCCGGGUUUUGUGUGGAUCUUGACAGUGGCGGUGGUGUUUGCCUUGAAACUAAUUCAACCUGUUGUCUCCAUUCUCACCUUCCUCAAGGGAUCACUGCUACUGGGCACAACCAUAGUGACCUUCUAUGUGGGAGUGUCGGUCGGUCGUGAGAUCAGCAACGACUUCAAGUAUUUAGGAGAACCCUUUCUGAUGGGAACUGUAGCUCUUGGAGGAAUAAUCAACACAAUGCCCUUUAUAUAUGAAAAGAUAGAAUUCAAUGCAACACAGAUCAAGAGGUACCGCCUGUCUGUGCUCAUGGGGCUCAUCACAUGCAGUCUACUCAAUAUUCUCUGGUGCUGGGCAGUUCUGGAUAUUGUGCCACAGACAGUUGCCAUGGCGUGUGUCCGGAGUCAGCCUGAUGUUGCCAUGGAAACAGUACAAUCAACCCAAUCAACAGCAGGUCCAGUAAUUGAUCACGUGUCCGAAGUCUGUACCGGAGAUCUAUCACUGGAGAGUGCUGCAAAACAUGGUGAAAUAUCUACCCUGCCUCUUACAAAGAUUCUACAAAGAGAUUACCCACACUUCAAAUGGGUUGCAUUUUUGGUGGAACUAUUUAUAGUCAUCAGUAUAACAGUAUCGUAUCUCACGAUAGGAACAGCAUUACAUCAUACAUUGUCUGGCUGGGUGGAGUCGAGCUGGACCAAGGAUUCCUUCGCCAAGUUAAUCCCCAAGUUCCGGAACCCCGACACCUGCAGCUGCAUCAAUGGGAAAUGGCUGUGUACGGUGAUCACCUCCAUCCUGGCCUUUGUGGUCGUCUUUACUGUGGCGAUGUUAGACCCUCAGGGCUUUGUUGAAAUCCUGGAGAAGUUUGCUUCAUUUACCCUGAACGCCCAGGCGGGCAUCUUCAUCUUCCUGAUGCUGCUGAGAUCCAGAAAUAAGGAGAACAGGUGCUUGGAUCUAGCGCUCCCCCUCCCUGAGUGGCUGUGCCAUCUGCAGUUCCUCCUCCCUGUGUAUUUUGGAUUUGCUGUUGUAUAUGACAUCUAUAGAACCAUCUACGGCUUGGUGGGGGACCAUGGCGUCUCCACCGUCGCACUCCUCAACUUAACGUCCACAACUACAUCUACAACAUCAUUUACUGAUGCAAGUUACAACUUUACAACUCCUCAAACAACGUCUUGAUGUGUAUCGGCAGAUUAAAUCAGAAAUUCAUAUUUGUUAAAUGAAUAACAGUAUACAGAUGUCUACUUAUAUCAAUUUUAUACACCUGGAGAAUGAUAUUUAAGAAAAUAUUGUGUUUGUGAUGGUCAUUUUAACUUGUGACUUUUAUAUUUAUUAAAAGAGGCAAAGGAACUUUUAUCUUUACUAACAAUUUUGAUGGGAUUUUUCGCUGGUAAAAAGUGAAGCAUUAUUGAUUUUUUACAUAUUUCAUUCCUGUUUUUAUUCUGAUGCCCACUCCAUUAAGCAGCUGACUAUAUACCUGUUUAGUGGAUAGAUCCAAAUUGUAAAAGUAAGGGUGUAAUGAGAUUACAGGGAUUUGAUACCUGUAAAUUCAAUUUGCAACCUCUUGUAAUGUUUACAGAGGCAAUGGUCACUAAUGUGGCAUUGGUUGGGCCUUGUAUCGUCGAUAGGUUGAUAGGAUGAAUUCAAAGAACACUGAAGAUUGGUUUUAAUCAGUAAAUAUUUUCUCGAAAAUACUUGGACCACUAAAAUAAAAACCAAAAGAUCAUAUCCAGAUUUUAGCAUUGUUUAAACUGACAUCCCCAGACAAAUUGAAGCAAGCUUUGUAUUGUUUUGAUCUGAAGUACAUGAUGACGUCCUACAGACAAUAUUUUAAUUGAAUUUGUUUUGAAAUGUAUCAUGCACUAUUGAAGCCCACUGAUGGUGAAAUACUUUGGUAUGGUCACUUUUAGUGUGUUAAACAGCAACAUGUUGGGAACUAUAUCACACUGUGAGAAGUACGCACAUUGCUGAAACACGGGACUACUUCCUUCUAAAGAAGGGCAGGUAACUCCCUUGUAACAGCUGCAGUCACCACUAGUCAAUACAACUGUAUAUCAUAUAUAGAACAGUGCUGCACAAACUUACAGUUUUUAUGGUGCUUGUAUGUGUUGAUACUUAUUUUAUAUAACAGUCAAAGGUUUGAGGUGGUCGUUAGUAAUAUAUUUAUUAGCUAGUAGAUUUUGGAUGUCAUAUAAUCAAAGUAUCACCUUUGAAAGCCUCAAGAGAGUCUCUCUCUACAUACAGACUUCCAUGUUGAAACUAUACACAUUAUAUUUAUAUACCUGACAAUGGUUAGAACUGAUGAUACAGAUGUGGCAUAUGUUAUUGAGACUAUUCAGAGCAAUACAACCUCCACAUGUUGGUGCUACAGAUAUUUUUCAGAAGAAUGUGAUUUUGGUAUUCAUGUAUUCUCAAUGCCAUAGUCACCUGUGAUCAUUUAUAUUUAUUGAUAUCUGAAAUCUGAAUAUUUUUGAUUGUGACUCUCUGACUUAACCAAGUAGUCUGUCUUCUCGUGGUGUAUUGGUAGCCCACAGGUAGAAGCACAUGCUUCCCAUGUCACAGUUCUGGGUUUGAUUCUCUCCAUUUAGUAAAUCAUAUAUUGCCCAUUUAUUUAUUGUUCCCAGUCAUGAUAUAACAUAACGUUUUGCUAAAUUGGCAUUAAACCUCCUUCCUCCCUCCUUCCUUCCCUCCCUCCCUCCCCUCACUAUAACCUUUUCACCAUAUCACAUGUAAAGAACAGAAAAAUUCCUAAACAGAAUUUGGAUGAGUUGAAAUUUCAAAAUUAUUAAAAUCUAAUCAGAUCCAUAUUGACAGGGUUACUAAAGGCCCUAGAUUUGUUUUAUCCUUGGAAAGGCCGUAAUUACCAGUGAUUUGCCCUGAAAAGACCCUAGAUUUAGCAAAACAUGUCAACAAUGGCAAAGCAAAAAAUCCCCAGCCCAGCAAUACAGGUAGAAGUUACUUCCCUUUGAUGGUCGGUACUACUUCAACCAACACCAUGUUUAUCCAGCUACUUAUAUGUGUUUCUUCAGGGCCUUAAAAUAGUUCAUUGGGCCGAGAUUUGAUGGCAGAUAAUUUGUAAGAAUCCUGAUUGAGCUCAGAUAUGUUUUACAUCUCCAAAGAAAUGAGUUUUGAGGUUUUCAUAAAUCAUGGUUUGAUAGUUUAGGAACAUGAUGGUGGUUACUUUUGUCUUUGAGUAUAUGAUGCUGGUGUAUAAAUACUAUAUUGACUGUAUAUUUACUAAAAUGUAUAUAUUGGAUAUGUAAAGUAUUUAUUUAAUAAUGUCCUGUGAAUGUGUGAAUGGUGUGGAGAGUGAGAGGAAGGAUUUAUUGUGGUUGCCUGUGGCGAUGUUUGUAAAACUCAAGGCAAAACCUCCUAAAUACUCGUCAAGAAGUCGCAGGUCAGAUUAUCUGGUCCACAAGACUAUAUAACUGUUUUACAUGACACUCACAAAAACAUUUUUCACUUCCCAAAAGGAGUAUCCAUCUUUUUUAAGACUUAUAUAUUAUGAUUCUUGGGUGUUGGAAAUGUUUUCUGACUUACAGAGCAGAGUUGCCUCCCUUGCUGUCAGGAGUUGCUCAGCAGCAUCGUGUCCUGAACUCCUCUUCAGACUUCCCUCCCACAGAAGCCAACAUAUCCUGUGUAGAGAUAUUCUGUGUCCAGGUGUAGACUGAACCUGAUUGUGUGCUGGAGGAUGUUGUCAUGCAAAUAGUAUUCAGCACUGCCUCAGGAGUUGCCCAAGAUGGCAGCAUCAUUUGUAACAAAGUGAAACUUUUCAGUAUUAGUAUGAGAAGAUAGUAAGAGAUAUGAUAGUGAUAAUCAGUGAUGAUCUUCCAUUUAAAGGUACCUUUUAUAUUUUUGAAACUAUGAUAAAUGUAUGAUUCAAGGAUGAAAACUAUGCCCAGUUAGAAGAGAUUAAUAUAUAUCAGUACCUCUCUUGAAAUUCAGUUCAAAGUGCUACCGAUUUUAGCCUUAAAGAUCUGAAUAACUAGUGUUGGUUAAAAAAAUGUUGACAAACAUUUGUAUUCAACAGAAGGUAGCAGUUAACAUAUAAUCGAUGCUCCAUUUCUCAUGUUUUCAAUUUGAUGUUGUAUCAUCCAUAUCUCGUUUUCCAUGUAACUCUCGAUAAUCUGUCUGGAGCAGUGGGGUAGCCAAGUGGUUAAACCUCAUCACGCGGAAGACCUGGGUUCGAUUCCCCACAUGGGUACAAUGUGUGAAGCCCAUUUCUGGUGAUAUCUUCCGUGAUAUUGCUGUAAUAUUGCUGAAAGCUGUGUAAAAACUAAAGUCAUUCACUUGUAAUUUCUGUUUAAACUCUUGUUUUGGAGGGAUGUUGAAGUGGACAUAAAAUCAUAGCUCAACAGAUUAACACUGAGAAUUGAGAAACGUCUGUAACAUGACAAACAUCAAUCGGAGGUAGAAAUAUUGGCUGGUGUUUUUAAAAUUGGGUUCACCUAAUACUUCUCAAUUUAAGUCGCCCAAAAGAAAAAAAAAUAUCCCACAGACCAAUGUUGAUACACCUUAUAAGUUUCCGUUACAGAAAAGAUCAAAAUGGAGGGGUUUGUUUUGAUUGACAUUCCAAGACUGAAGAGCAUGUUCCUUUCUGUACAUUUAUUUUUCAUUUCUGUGACAUAAAUAAAGACAUUAGUAAAUGUAAUUUUUCUGAUAUUUCUGAUAGCAUAUUUAUUGUUUAUAUCUUUUGACCACUUGUUUUAAACAGCAAGGGAGAUUACAGAUUUGAGAAAUGUUUAUUAAUAAAGUAAUGAAGAGGACUGCUUCACAGAUGAAUUUUUCAGGUCUGCAGAUUUCCUUUGUAUUUAGUAAAAAUGUCAUCUGGGGGUCAUCUUUCUCCUUUAUCAUUUUUAUGUAUGCACAGUUAUUAUACACACGUUCUUUUAGAAUGUUUUUAUUUAUCAAUUUGUAAAUGUUUUGUUGUUUGUAAAUAUCAGUAAUUAAUGAAUUUUCUUUGCAUUUCUUGUCAUGAAGAUCAGAUGAUAAUAUACAGGUGCCCCGUAUUGUAAGAGUGACGUUUGUCGCACCACUAUGGCGGCCUUGUGAUGUAGGUCCGUGGUUGCACUGUGAUAUUGUGUGCUGAACAACACAGCGUGUAGCUGGUAUUGUCACACUCACGUGUGAGUCGUAAUGCUUUGUUCAGGACGGUAUGUAGGUAGGAGUGUAUCAGCCUUCAUGUAAUGGGCAUUUGUCAUAGAGUGUUAGGCCUCAGCAGUUACUAGUCUGCCAGAGCAAUUUAAUAAAUAGUUUAAAAAAUCCUCGUAUCCAAAUAUUGAGGAAAAGGAUAUAUUUUAAAGAUGACUUAAAAUAUCCGAAUUGUUUCUUGUCUCCUGUAUCUGGUACAGAAGAACACUUCUCGGUUACUAAAGUUAUAGAUCGAUAAAUCGACCGAAUAUGUUGAUUCCAGUGGUAGAAUCAAUGAGCCCCAUUUGUAGCAUUUGUUAAAGUGUGUGCCUAAAACACCUGUCUGUGUGACUUUGAAUUUAGACAAUACCAUACUGGAUACGAUUAAUUGCCAUUGCAGAUUUUGUUGAAUGGUUCUUUAGUGACUGGCGGAUUGGUAUGGUUAUAAACUACCUAAAUGGGUGUGUUAUGUUCAUCAACAAUAGAGUGCAUGGAUGACGUAGUUGUUGUAGGCGUCACAGUUCGCUUUGCUGAAUUACCUCCCCUGGGCAAGCCUCACACCAAUAUCGUGGUUCACCCCGAAUAGGUUCGUACGUUCGUCAGCGCCAUACCAAUGCUUGUGGGUGUCACCAAAAUGGUAGAUUUGUAGACUAGGGUCUACUUUCACGAAGCAACCUUUACUAAGGUUAACCUUAACUCCCAUUCUUUAACAUUGCACUAAGGUUACCUUAGUGACUUACGAUCACCUUAGUGCUUUGUGAAAGGAGGCCCUGCACCACUCCGUGCACGACUCACACACCAAGCUAACACAGUGUGAUACAUCUGGAGAGGUGUCCAACGUGGUGUUAACCCAGCUCACUCACUCAACAAUAGGUGUAGAUAUCAGUGAGGAUCCCUCAGUAGAACUAAUUACUAGUAAUUAUCAGUUAAUUCUGUGUCCAAACAACUUCAAACAUGAUUUCAUGUUAUGUUUAAUCAUUUAGAACGUGGUGAUAGAGUUUCUAGAAGACGUCUUGUAACUGUCUUUCAUUGUCUUCACCCAGUUGUGGGAGAAAGAGGUUCUUGAAAUCUUGUAUAAACCAGAACACCUGGGAUAUAUACCUAUAGGGCAAACGCGUCCAUUCCAAAGUGACACUGUGUUUUGUUUCUGAACUGGAAGGCAGCUAGCACAGCGGUGGGACUAACUCGUUGAUGACCAUAGCCGGGCACGUGGCGGAUGCUCAUCUGUGGCAGGGAAAUAUGCUGUGUGCAGAGCUCCUUUAAGAUGCCAUGUUGUAAGUCAUCGACCAGCAACAAUAACCGUCUACUCCACCUAUCUGUUCACCCAGGGGGAAUCUAGUAAGAAUAUACAUUCCCAGUGAUGUUUGUUUUGUAAGAGGCAACUAAGGGAUCAGGUGGCCAGACUUACUGACUUGGUUGAUCCAUGUGAUUGUAUCAAGGUUGCAUGCCUUGAUGCUCAUGAUGUCAAUCACUGGAUUGUCUGGCCCGCUCUGUCAGUCACGUGUCCUGCCGGGAAGUUUGUGAGUGUUGAACAGCACACCAACUGUUGAACCCAGCUUGGACGUGUUGUCAGCUGUUGUCAACUGUUGCCACCCAGCUCCCUACAGCGGGACAACUAACGCUGCUGUUGUGGCGAAGUUUACAAUGAAUGAAUCACGUGCUUCCAUGAUUCUUACGUGAUAAAUAUAUAUUUUUUAAAUGGCCUCGGGUGACUGAUUUGUUGUGCUGUGAUAUCUUAAUGUGUUCAGAUUUAUUUAAAAGUUGGCUGUUGUAGGAAACGUUACGUACAGUUUUGAUGUCACUCCCAAGAGAUCUUGCCAGCAGUGUUUAGAAAACCCCUUACGUAUUAAGUUAUUAAGUAUAUAUAUAUAAUGUGUGUGUGUGUGUGUCAAAGUAAAAAAAGUAAAAGCAAAGAAGUCAUUUGUAUAUUGACCUCACGUAUGAUAUGUAUAAUUCUGUGCCAUGUCUUCAAGACAUAUACUGCUCAGCGUGUUGUAGGGAUGUUUCAUGUUUAUGGUCAGUGUCGGCACAUGGGAAAAUAGGCAUAGUCCUAUCAAAAGUUGAAUGGUAUGUAUUUGGUAUAUUGGUCGAUGAUGUGUAAUAUAUACUUAAUAACACUAAUGCGUUUGGUCAUCCGUUGUGUAUAAAGCGUGUGAGUGCCAGAAACGUGGAGUGGAGAUGGAGUGAUGGAUAGAACCAUACUGUCCGUUCUACUUGGUUGACUAUUGUUAAACACGUAUGAAAAACUCAUUUGUUAACUUUGUGGUUUGAAUGUACAGUGUACAAAUGAAUCUAACGUAAUAAUGAUUGAGAAAUGAUGUGUUAUAUUUUACUAAUGUAUAAUAAAGGGGUCAAUUGUA